UUAUCGAAAUUGACAGUUCAUGGCUGAUGGAAACCUUUUUCCAUUCGACGUAAACAAAUUAAUCCAAAUAUUUGCCUAAAAAUAUCCUUAAAUUAAAAAAAUUCCACUAAAAAUACUUCCUCAAACUACAAUAAUCAAUUUGCUAUAUAAAUACAUCUUCCAAUUGCAUGUAAAAUCCAUCAAAACCAACCAACGAAAUCAUUGUAUGGGGGUGGCAAGAUAUCGUCACUUCAUUCAAGUGCUUACCAAUGGAUGUCUGGGUAAAAGCUGAGCCAGAAGCCCAUCAUAUGAUCGGGUUAAACAACGGUAUGCAAUAUGCUCCAUUUGAACAUUUCACACAUUAUCCUCCAACAAUGCCGCCAAAUGCAUUGGAGCCGCCUGUUGUUUUUCAAUAUCCUCCGAAUGGUUAUAAUCAUCAUCAUCAUAAUCAUCAUCACCACCAUCAGCAACAUUCACAACAACAUCAGCAACCUCUUCCUCCGCAACCACGUUCACAACAGCAAUAUUAUCAUCAACCUGCUCCAAUCCCAGAUGAAACAAUAAUUCAUCAUCAACAAAAUAGCACCUUUGAUCAACAAAACACAACUUAUGAAGAAUUAGUAGAUCCAAAUCAAAAGUACGAAUAUCACGAACCCGAUGAGAAUUUCAUUUCAAUCGAUGAUGCCAAAGUUCGAUCGUUUUUGGUUGAUUUGGUUCAAAAAGAAACGAACAAAAAGAAAGAAGAACAAGAACUCGAGGCUCAACGGAAAUUGGAAAUCAAACAAGAAGAGAAAACUAAACCACUUCAACAAACUAGCGAUGUUUUGAAUGAAAGCGAUGAGAGUACAAUUCAUGAAGCUGAUUACGAUGAAGAGGGUGAUAUGGUUCUCUUAGAUUCGGAUGUCGAUUAUAUCGAUGAGAAUGAAGAAGGUAUAGAGUUGAAUUGGAUUGAUUUGGAACAAAAGGCACAGAAACAAUCGAUUGAGUGUUUUUUAUGUGGAAAGAGUGUUGCUUCCAGUUAUAAUCUUCGUAGACACAUGAUGAUACACACGGGCGAACGUCCCUUCGGCUGUGACAUGUGUUACAAACGUUUCCGCGAAUUCAGUGACCUGAAAAAACAUCGUCGAAUACAUUCUACCCAAUUGAACUUCAAAUGUAUGGUAUGUCGUGUCAAUGAACCCUCAAUAUACGACCCAACCAAAUGUGUUGCAUGCGACAAAAGUGCUUCAAAUGAUUCAGCCACAGAUAUGGCCGAUCUACUCCUCGAUAGUGUACCAAAUCUAGUAUCGCCUUCCACUGCUGGCGGCAAGAAAGAAUUCCAAUGUCCAAUGUGUAGUCGUAUCUUUGGCACGCGACACAAUCUUAAACGUCAUUUUAUGAUUCACACUGGCGAAAAGCCCUUCAGCUGCACGAUCUGCCAAAAACCAUUCCGUGAAGUGUCGACUCUGAAAAAGCACAUGCACACCCAUAAUCGGGUAAAAGUGUACAAGUGCAGUUCGUGUCGUGAGAAAUUCACCGACUACGAUUCAUUUUUGGAGCACAAGGACACCCAUCCAAAGAGAAAUUCACCAGCUAAAAGAAUGAGAUGCUUAAAGGGACACGAAAUGCAAAUUAAACGACGACGUAGUGACACCGAAUCGGCCAUUGCCGAUGACGAUGAAGAAUUCGAAUGUCCCGAAUGUGGAGAAAAGUCAGCCUCAAUUGAACUCUAUGCCGAUCAUAUCAAACAACAUGAAUCGUCGGUGGAGUUUCAGUGUUAUAUAUGUAAGCAAAUGUUUGAGUCUAGAGAUUUGUUGGUUUCUCACUUUACUAUUCAUGAUGUAGAUGAUGAAUCAAGUGCAGAUGCAUAAUUUAUUUUUUUUUUCUGAAAAAAAAAAAAAAACUAAAGAAAACUUUCAUAUUUUUGGCACAUUCCAUUUUUACAAAACAAAUUAUACUUAAAAUCGAUCUUUUUUUUUGUGAUUUAAAUCGAGCAAUGGUACUUAUUCAAAAAAGAAAGCAAAAACACAAAUUUUAAACAUUCCAAAAAAACAAAAAUUAAAUUUAUAUGUUUUGGAAAAUUAUUAAGCUAAGUGAAAAAAAAAAAACAUUAAACAAAAUUGGUAUAUUUGGUAUUAUACGAUUAGAAAUUUAAUCAGAAUUAUUUAAAUUAAUGUUGUAUCUUUGAAAGAAAAAUGCUUUUGUUUUGUAGUUGUUAUUAUUUUAAAUAGUUAAUUGUAUGAAUGUACAAUGCCGAUCAUCAUCACUAAAAUCUAGUAUGUGGAAAACAUUUCCAACGAGUAUACGGAUCAAGUUAGUACUAUAAGGCAAUGUGAUUUGAAUUUUAUGUAACUUCAUGUAACUUCAUGUUUUUUAUUAUAUUUGUUGGACAUUUUUAGAAUUUUAUCAUUUAUAAUGUUGUAAAGCUGUCAAGGUUUGAAAUUCCAAAACUAUUCCAAAUUUGUUUUUGUUUGGAUAUGAUGAUUCUGAUAGGAAAACAUUUCACUAUACAUCGUUUUAUCCUCAUUGAGUUUCAUAGUAAAUCAAUCACAAUACCGAAGAGAUUUACAUGCAGGAAAGGGUUUGGGUAAGCGACUGAAGACCACUGGCUUUGUAAAAGAAGAUCAAAAAUAAAAAGAAAGUGUCAAAAUAUACGAAAAUAUUUUGCUUGCUGUUGAUCAUGGAACUGUUACAAAUUAUCAGGUCCGAACUAUGUUGAAAUGUGAAUUUCAAGCUAGCAAAACAAUAGAACAGAUUACUUGAAAUUUGAGAGUCGCUAGUCGUAGCGUUGGAGUUGGAAUGGCGGACGGGCUUACGGUGACUACUACCAUGAACUUGUUUUCGCACAAGGUGCUCCCAUGGUCGACAAUUCGAGUCAGAGUAGGAUGUUACUAAUAAUUACCCCUCAACGUAGGAUUGUUCCCUCACUUCCAACAAAUGACGGUAGAGGAUGAAUUCUUCUUUUAGAAUCAACGGUAACGUUACCAGUUCCACUUAGGCCGAACUAUUUAGUGAACAGCUUAUAUGGGCUAUUCCAACGUAUUAAGAGCGCAGGUCUAUUAGUAACGGCCUGGCCCUCCAGGUUGGGGGCUCCUGCCGCUGAGUAACUGCCCUACGUGGGAGUAACUUUGCUAGUUAUGAACCACCUUUAACGCUCGGAUAUAAAAAGAAAAGCUGUUGGUCCAGACGAAAUAUCCUUUAACCUCUUGAGAAAGAUGGAAGAUAUCGGGUGUAAGCGAUUCUCAUCUUCAAUCGCACAAAAUCCCAAUAAGUAGGAAAGUUAUCUAUACGAAACUACUAUAGCUUCCGUUCGAUUAAGCUUCUGUUAAUAUUACCAUUACCAUGAAGAGUAUCACCCCGUUGCGCAAUGAGUUGGUCAAUGGUCUACUUCGCCAGACGAUUGCGUUCAUAUUCCAUCCGCGACCACCUAAGAAAAUUUUUUCAGGCCCGCCAAGAGUAUCAUUGUCAAGAAAAAAUGCAUCUCUGAUUAGCCGUUCGGACAUGGCGGUAUAUCGUAGCUCCCUUACAUUUCUGCAAAAUAAUUAAAGGCACACAAGAAUGGUUGAGAGUUGUAAGUCACUAGGCCUUGCACUUUCAUGGGGUGUCGUGAUUAGGUGACCAUCCCGAGAAGAAAUACACGAGUGUCUGAUGAUCACUGACUAAGAGUUGUGGUUGAGUUGGUUGUAAAUUGCCACAUUCUGAGUAGGUCCUUAUCCGAAAUUGAGCAUAAAACAAUCUAGAUCACUAACUUGUCAGUUAGAUGUGUUAUUUAAACCUGAAGAAUAUAAUUUAGUAGAAACCACUUAAGGGCAGGUCCCUUUCCAUCAUAAUUCUGAUCUUCCGAAACCAAAAUAAAAAUAAAUAAACUCAUAUCACGAUAAAUACAAAUCACAUUACUUUAAGAAAUUACAAUUAAUUACCUACAUAAUUGUAAAUUUAAUCAUUCCUUAAAACAAUUUUUUCUUAGUUAAAUUAUAAAUUAUUUCUACACAAGUCCUUGGGGGACAAAUGGAUUUUAUCAAAAAACUUAAUUUUGUAAUUGGUUUAUGUAUUUGUUUAUGUUUUUUUUUUAUCAAUUUAUGUGAAUGAAUCACAUUGUUUUAAUGUUUAAAAUUAUAUUUUAUAUUUAUUAUUGUUAAUUAUGUACAUUUCCUUUCACAAUAACAAAUUAAAAGAUUAUUUCUUGCUUUUCUCUUGCACUUGAAACAUUAAAUUUUUAUCACGGUUUAAUUAAAAUAAAAAAAAAGUAAAUAAAUGUCUUAGAUUUAAAUACAAAGA